ACCCCAACUCGCCACGUGGGCAGUGUGGCCUCACAGGAAAAAAAAAACACAAGCCGUAGCAGCUAAGGAAGAGAAGAGAAGAGAAAGCCAAGCACACACACCACCAGCUUUGCUCCCGCUAGUUCCCGCUGAUCGAUCUUUUUUCGGGAGGGCGUUGCUUGCUCGGAUCGGCGGCCAUGGCUGAGCCCGCUGGGGAGGCGGCCCCGCAGGCGGACGGCGUCUCGGAGGAGGCGGCGGCGAGGCCGAGGGGGUUUAGGCUUCUUGGGGGGGACAAGUCCGUGCACCAGGCUCUCGGCGGUGGUAAAGCUGCUGAUGUACUUUUGUGGAAAGACAAGAAGAUCUCUGCUGCAGUGAUAGGUGGCGCAACUGUGUUGUGGGUUCUCUUUGAAGUUGUUGAUUACCAUUUCCUCACUCUGAUAUCUCAUGUCCUGAUCGGUGUACUGGCCAUCUUGUUCUUAUGGUCCAAGGCAACCAUCUUCAUCAAGAAGAGUCCACCUAAUAUUCCAGAAGUGAAGAUAUCUGAAGAUCUUGCUGUGAAUGUUGCACUAGCACUGCGCACUGACAUCAACCAAGCACUUCACUUGCUUCGGGAGAUUUCUCUAGGGCAUGACCUGAUGAAGUUUUUAGGCGUGAUCGUUGCUCUCUGGAUUCUUUCUGAAAUUGGAAGCCUCUGUGAUUUCCUGACCCUGUUUUACGUUGCUGUCUUGAUGCUCCAUACAGUGCCGAUCUUGUAUCACAAGUAUCAGGACAAGGUUGAUCAUUUUGCUGGGAAGGCGCAUGUGGAACUCAGCAGGCAGUACUCUGUUCUCGACGCAAAGGUUCUCAGCAAGAUACCUAGGGGUCCAGCAAAAGAUAAGAAGCAGAACUAGAAAUGAAACACCAUAUCACGCUGGAACCUGACUUGGGAGUGUUGGCAUCUCACAUCACAACAUAUGCAUGAAUCUUGAGUCCUUGACUUGGUUUGGCCCUUGUUGGUGCUUGGUACAUAUAUGACCUGUCUGUAGAUUUGUGUGUUGGGAGUGUCUUGUGUAGUAAACUGUCGAUAUGAUGUGGUUGGUGUGCAACUCUGCAAUGUUAAUAUACAAGAUCUUGCUGCAAGCCUGCAACCAUAUAUGAUAUACGUACAAGGACUCCAUACCUAUAAUUUACGUUAGUGUGGUUGUAAUGUAGAUCGUGCUCAAGUAAUUGUAAAGUGCUGUGGUUCUUUCUUAUAUCGCUCCAAGUAAUUCUCAGUUCUUGUUACUUUUA